UCUAGGCGAGACCCUGCUCGAACCAUUGCACUCAAAGAGCAGUUGCAGCUUUGUUCUAAAUUUCUGAGUGGUGAUAUGUUUACUUUAAGGUUUGAUAUGGGCCCCUCCUCCAUGAUGUCUCAUUAUGAUAAGUUAGAUUUAGAUAUUCCAGUAGAUUUUGGUGAUAACCUAGUUGAGACGUCAUGGGUGGACUUCAAGGGAACAGUAUACAGACCUGGAAUGAUUGUGUAUGUUGGAAGUGAUGAUGUGCACAGUCUUCCGGUGUUUGGCAAAAUAAAUAGCAUCAUUUGCAAUGAAGAUUGCAAUGUGGGAUUUAUUUAUCAAAAAUUUAACACAAUAGGGCUUUAUGAAGACUAUGCUGCUUAUGAAAUUGUUGACCUUGAUAGCAGUACAUUUGUAAAUAUAUCUGAUCUAAUUUCACACGCCCCUGUCAUUUACCAUCAAUUUUCAGACGGCAAAAAGUUUGUAGCUUUACGUUAUGAUGUGUAAACUACUCUUAAUUCAUUUUUAAAGUAAAUACUGAAAAUCUGAUACAGAAAUUUACUGUGUAAAUACUGUAAAAUACUGUUGUGCUAUUGUUAGUUUUAUUGCUCUGUAACAAUAUAGUAAGUUGUGCUAUGUUGUGCUGUGUAAG